AUGGCCCUCAAUGACUCUGAAGUGGGCUUGGAAGUUGUAUUUGAGAUUGACCCCCUCCUUCAACUGUCUCCUGCCAGGAUCACACCUGACCCUAUAGCACCAGCAGUGAUGACUCCAUGGGACAUAGCCUUGUGUGUAUCAGGUGCUCUGAUUUGCUGCGAGAAUGCAAUCAUCAUAGUGACUAUUUUCUCUUCGGUGUCUUUGCGGGCGCCUAUGUUCUUGCUGAUUGGCAGCUUAGCUUGGGCAGACUUCCUGGCCGGAGUGGGUCUGCUGCUGCACUUUAUGUCUCGUUGGUGCAUGUCCUCAAGGGUGCUGGAGCUGGGUAGUGUGGGCUUGCUAGUUAGUGCACUCUGUGCUUCUGUUUUCUCUUUAUUGGGCAUUACCCUUGACCGAUUCCUGUCUCUCCAUCGGGCCCUCACUUAUGGCUCACACCACACACAUACGCACACACGCUGUGCUCUGGCUAUGGCCUGGAUGCUAGCCGGAGUGCAGGGAGCUCUACCUACUCUGGGCUGGAAUUGCCUGGAUGAUAGAAAGUCUUGCAGUGUGGUGUGGCCACUCACCCGAGUGCAUUUGGCCACCCUAUGUGGGGGAUUUCUAUUGGCCCUCGCACUGAUGCUGCAGCUCAAUGCCUGGAUCUGCCAAGUCGUCCUUCGCCACUCACACCAGAUUGCUCUACAGAGACACACACUGCCCUCCGCACGGACACAUACCCGCCGCCGGGUGCACACUCUUGCCUUGAUCCUUGCCAUUUUUGCCAGCUGUUGGAUGCCGUUUGCCCUGUAUGGUCUUCUGGCAGAUGGAUCAUCACCUGCCCUUUACACAUAUGCCACACUGGUGCCGGUCACAGGGAAUUCUCUGCUCAACCCCCUGAUUUAUGCCUACAGAAACACACACAUACAGCGGGCACUGAGGCAAGCUUGCUGCUGCUGUCUACCAAACACAUUCCACAAAAACACACAUACGCCCAGUGACGUUUAA